CCGACAAUGCUCAGAAAGAAACAUGGUUGGUGCAAGUAGAGUGAUAUGGGCUGUCGGAAAAUCGUUAACAACCAGAGCCAUAAAGCCAUCUUCUUUGUCAGUUAUACAAGCACCUUACAGAUACGCAAACAAGUUACAAAGCACCUAUACGGCGAGUUUUGAUGACGACAAGCCCCAGUUUCCAGGGACAGGUACAAAGGUCAGAUUCACUGAGAAACUUGACUUUCUCCUGCCCGACGCUUCACCGGCCAUUCCCGUCUACAGGGUCAUCGACCGACAGGGCGAAAUAUUGGAUCCAGCGCAGAAGCCUGAGCUUCCUGAAGAUGUAGUUCUAGACAUCUACCGCAAGAUGGUGUUGUUGAACACCCUUGACACGAUCAUGUUGAACGUCCAGCGACAAGGGAGAAUCACGUUCUACAUGACGAGUUAUGGAGAGGAGGGUACACACAUGGGCAGCGCUGACGUCAUCUUCGGGCAGUACAGGGAAGCAGGAGUGUUCCUCUGGAGAGGUUUCACGUUAGACGACAUGAUGAACCAGUGUUUCAGUACGCACCAGGACGUCCACAAGGGGAGAAUGGUCCCCAUCAACUACGGCUCGCGCGACAUCAACUUCGUCUCUAUGUCCUCACCCCUGGCCACGCAAAUACCACAGGCUGCCGGAGCAGCCUACGCGAUGAGGAUGUCGGGAAGGUCCCUGUGCGUGACGUGUUACUUCGGAGAUGGCGCCUCCAGUGAAGGAGACACCCAUGCCGGGUUUAACUUUGCUGCUACACUCGACUGUCCUCUCCUAUUCUUCUGUCGCAACAACGGAUAUGCGAUUUCUACGCCAACGUCGGAACAGUACAGGGGAGAUGGAGUAGCAUCUCGGGCCGCCGGAUACGGGAUCUCAGCUAUCCGGGUUGACGGAAAUGACGUAUUUGCAGUGUACAACGUCACCAAGGCGGCCAGGGAGGUCUGCAUCAAGGAGAGCAAACCUGUACUCAUAGAGGCCAUGACAUACAGAAUUGGAGACCACAGUACGAGCGAUGACAGCACCACCUACCGGACGUCAGACGAAGUGCACCAGUUCAAACGGGACAGUCCGAUAACCCGACUCAACAGUUACCUCGUCAAGAAUGGACUGUGGGACACGGACAAGGAGACUGCCUACAGGGAAGAGGCUAAAAACAAGGUGCUGGAGGCGUUUGAGCGCGCUAAGGAUCGGAAGAAGCCGCCGAUCUCCGCCCUGUUGACGGACGUGUACGACAGCAUGCCUGCACACCUGGAGCGACAGGCGGCGCACAUGAGACGUCACGUGAACAGAUACAGCGAACACUACCCCGUACAGGACUUUCUUGAUGAAGACAGUACCGGGCGAUGACGUAAAACACUGUGUGAUGUUCUUGACUCAUUUUUUCUUUAUUUUGACACGCAUAUAGUGACGUGUUACUGUCAACACAUCAACCAGCCACACGUCGCCCUUUAACUACGCUCCAACUCCGUUUU